UUGGCCCACAUGCCUAAGAGGAAGAGAGGAAGAGAGGAAGAGAGGACGAGUGGAAGAGAGGAAGAGAGGAAGAGAGGAAGAGAGGAAGAGAGGACAGGAAGAGGGGAAGAGGGGAAGAGAGGAAGAGAGGAAGACAGGAAGAGAGGAAGAGAGGAAGAGAGGAAGAGAGGAAGAGAGGAAGAGAGGAAGAGAGGAAGAGAGGAAGAGAGGAAGAGAGGACGAGUGGAAGAGAGGAAGAGAGGAAGAGAGGAAGAGAGGAGAGGAAGGGGAAGAGGGGAAGAGAGGAGAGAGGAAGAGAGGAAGAGAGGAAGAGAGGAAGAGAGGAAGAGAGGAAGAGAGGAAGAGAGGAAGAGAGGACGAGAGGAAGAGAGGAAGAGAGGAAGAGAGGAAGAGAGGAAGAGAGGAAGAGAGGAAGAGAGGAGAGGAAGAGGGGAAGAGGGGAAGAGAGGAAGAGAGGAAGAGAGGAAGAGAGGAAGAGAGGAAGAGAGGAAGAGAGGAAGAGAGGAAGAGAGGAAGAGAGGAAGUGAGGAAGAGAGGAAGAGAGGAAGAGAGGAAGAGAGGAAGAGAGGAAGAGAGGAAGAGAGGAAGAGAGGAAGAGAGGAAGUGAGGAAGAGAGGAAGAGAGGUGCUGGUAGGGAGAGACGAGGAGAGGGGAGGAGCAGAAGGAAGGAAGAGCAGCGGGUGCUGAGCAGGGCCCCAGGCUAGAAG